AUGCCAAACGAAUCUCCUAGCAGCAGUUCUAAAGAAAGUGCAGGUUCACCAUCCAAAUCGCUGUGUUCCUCUGCGUCCACCUCAUCAGAAAAUGUUCCAGCCAUGGAAAUGAAGGUUAUGAGAGACACAACAAAAUAUGGUCAAUCAGAUGAACCUCCACUUUUAGAUGGAGAAAAAAUUCAGGGAAAAGGACAAGAUGUGACAUAUUUGUGUCCAUAUCGAGGUGCUGUGAGAGGAACUUUGACUGUUACAAAUUAUAAACUUUAUUUCAAAUCGUCAGAAAGGGAGCCACCCUUUGUUUUGGACGUAGCUCUGGGUGUAAUUAGCCGAGUGGAGAAGAUAGGUGGGGCUACAAGUAGGGGAGAAAACUCUUAUGGUAUUGAUAUUUUAUGUAAGGACAUGAGAAAUUUAAGAUUUGCUCAUAAACAAGAAAAUCAUUCAAGAAGACAAGUUUUUGAGAAGAUUCAACAGUAUGCUUUUCCUGUGUCCAAUAAACUCACUCCGCCAUUUUUUGCGUAUGAAUUUAAAGAGGAUUAUGAUGGGGAAGAUGGUUGGAGAGUUUAUGACCCAGUGGCUGAAUUUAAACGCCAGAAAGUACCUAAUGAAAGUUGGAGAGUGAGUAAACUAAAUGAGAAUUAUGAUUUAUGUGAUACCUACCCAGCAGUUUUGGGUGUACCAGCUAAUUGUACAGAUGAUGAUAUAAGAAACGUAGCAGCAUUCAGAUCUAAAGCAAGAUUUCCAGUUCUGUCCUGGAUACACCCAGAAAGUCAGGCCACCAUUACCCGAUGUAGUCAACCCAUGGUAGGUGUAGCAGGAAAACGUAACUCUCAUGAUGAAAGGUAUAUACAGAUGAUCAUGGACGCCAACGCUCAGUCUCACAAGUUAUAUAUUCUUGAUGCUCGACCAACAGUUAAUGCUGUGGCCAAUAAGGCUAAAGGUGGAGGGUUUGAAAAUGAAGAUUCCUAUCAGAAUGCUGAAUUAGUAUUUUUAGAUAUCCACAAUAUACACGUCAUGAGAGAGAGUUUACGGAAGUUAAAAGAAGUUUGCUAUCCAAAUAUAGAUGAAGCCCAUUGGUUGUCGAAUAUCGAGUCAACUCAUUGGUUAGAACAUAUUAAGCAAAUUCUAGCUGGAGCCGUCCGUGUAGCUGAUAAGGUAGAGAGUAAUAAGACAUCAGUUUUAGUUCAUUGUAGUGAUGGCUGGGAUAGAACCGCUCAGUUAACAGGUCUAGCUAUGUUGAUGUUAGAUCCUUAUUAUAGAACUAUUAAAGGUUUUGAGGUCCUUAUUGAAAAAGAAUGGCUCAGUUUUGGUCACAAGUUUGCUCAAAGAGUUGGACAUGGAGAAGACAAGCAUUCUGAUGCUGACAGGUCACCAGUAUUUCUACAGUUUAUGGAUUGUGUCUGGCAGAUGACUAAACAGUUUCCGAAUGCGUUUGAGUUUAAUGAACAUCUAUUAAUAACAAUUCUAGAUCAUCUUUAUUCCUGUUUAUUUGGUACUUUUCUUUAUAAUUGUGAACAGCAGAGAGCAAAAGAGAAAUUAAAACACAACACCAUGUCUCUGUGGUCGUUUGUAAAUUGUCAACUAGAGGAAUUCACCAACCCAUUAUACGUUCAAUAUCUUCAUAAACAUGUUCUAUUCCCCGUCGCUAGUCUACGUAGGAUUGAAUUAUGGGUAGGAUAUUAUUGUCGAUGGAAUCCCAGAAUGAGGCCACAGGAACCAGUACAUCUACGAAAUCGAGAAUUACUGAUUUUAAAACAGCAAUUACAACAGAAAGUUAAUGAUUUACAGAAAGAACUUCAGAAUAAAAAUGCCAGAGCUGCCCUCGACCCUUCACCACAAAAAUUACACCCCUCUAUGGUAUAG